AUGGCGAUGAUGAUGACUGGCCGUGUGCUGCUGGUGUGUGCCCUCUGCGUGCUGUGGUGUGGUGCUGCGGUGGCGGUGUUGUCAGCGGAUGGAGCUGGCGGUGGCGAUGGCAGUGCGGGUGAGUAUUUGCCGUUGCAGUGGCGUACGCGGUUUCUGACGGAAUGCGCGGAGGAGGUGGGCAGGAGGACAGGAGGCCGUGCGAAUGCGUCCUCCGUCGAGGAAUGCGUGCGUCAGGUGAUGGAGAGUUUGCAUGCUGCUGUGGAUGGCCGCAGCCGUUGGAGGCGUCAACUUUCCGCCGUUGCUGUUGCUGCUGCUGCUGAAGGUGGUGGAAAAGAGAAUCCCAACACGGUGGAAGAUGAAAAAACAAGUGAAACACUGGCGACUUCAGGAAAAGCAUCUACAGGCAAAAAAACAGCAGUGGCAAGUGAACAGACGUCAGUGAAUCCUGCACCUGCUAUUGUGCCGCCUGCAAGAGAAACUUUAGUUCAAGGAAAACACAAUGAGACAAACGCCAAAGAAGAGAAAGAAGAAGAAGGUGGGGAGAAAGAUGACAGCGAAGAGGAAGAAGAAAAUCACAAGGAAGACGAUGAAGAAGAGGAUGCAGAAGAGGGAGAGAAGGCAGAGGAAAGGGAAGAGGAUAAAAAGGGAGAAGAAAGUGAGAAAAACACCAAGGAAGAAGAAGCCAAGUAUGGGGUGGAAGAAGAUGAAGAGGAUAAAGAAAAGGAUGAUGACAACACCUCAGAGGGGAUGCCGGCUGUCAGUCAAGAGAAAAGGAAUUCAACUUCAGGCCCGGAAGGAGCACCGAAUAAGACGAACACCGAAGGCACUCAAACGCCUGGCGACAUUGACGGCAGCACCGCUGUCUCCCACACCACCUCCCCUCUUUUGCUUCUUGUUGUUGUUUCGGCUGCUGCUGCGGUGGUGGCCGCGUGA